GUGUAGCCCUAUGACUGGGUAGGGAACUUAGUUAGCAAACUAGUAGGGAAGUUCUAUUCCAUCUGUUUCCAUGGAGGAAAAGAGUGUGAUUAAGUUCAGCCACUGUCAGAAGGACAUCUUCUGUUUCUUCAUUCCAGAGAAAUGUCCAGAGUGUGGAGUGAGCUUCAGCAGUGGCAGGCUGGAGGAGGCUCCUAUCCGUAUCCCCAACCCUUUUUCUAACGGACACAAGACCCCAUGCUGCUUCCUGGUCGCACCUGCUGAGGAAAACAACCUCAGGGAGUUUGAUGGUGGCUCAGACCUACACACUGGGAUCACAGACACUAAUGGAGUGGUGUUCAACUACACUAAGCCAGGGGUCCGGCAGGACCAGCGAGGCUGGGAGAUGUGUAUCAGUAUUCCCCUGAUCCAACCAGACAUGUUUAACCUUCUCAACCAGUGGGACCAAUACCUCAACAAGUUCUCAGAUGCCGAGAUGUGGGACCCAGCAUACAAAAGGUUUAAUAAAGAGACGCACAACUGCUACAACUACACUCUGAUGUUUUUAAACCGUGUGCUAGCAACACAGGGGAAAGGCUCUCUGACCAAAGACCAGUUCACUCAGAGCUUUGUCCUGCCCAAGAUCAAGAGAGCCUGUAAAUACACCACAAUGUGCAGGGAGAUAUCACAGAACUACUUCUAUAUAGCGGACAGUCCUGUUAGAGUGAUGGGGGAAGAAAGAGGAGGAGAGAAGGCUUGACUGUUUGAUACAAGAGGACAGAGACUGAGGCAGCCACAGUGCUACACAGAACAUGAGUUAAAAUGACCAUCAUCCCAGAAACCCUGGAUCCAUAGAUGAUGCAAUCUCUAUUGCACUCCACACUGCCCUUUCCCACAUGGACAAAAGGAAUGCUCUCCAUUAUCUCCAUGCUAAUCGCUAAGCUAAAGACCCUGUGACUGAACACCUCCCUCUGCAACUGGAUCCUGGACUUCCUGAUGGGCCGCCCCCCAGGUGGUAAGGGUAGGCAACAACACAUCCACCACGCUGACCCUCAACCAAGGCCCCUCAGAGUUACAGUUCAUAUAAGGAGAUCAGUCAAUUGAAAUUCAUUACACCCUAACCUAUGGUUAUCACAACUGGGAAUACAGAUAUGUACAGUAGAAGUCAGAAGUUUACAUUCACUUAGGUUGGAGUGAUUAAAACUUGUUUUUCAACAACUCCACAAAUGUAUUGUUAAGACAGUUAAGACAUCUACUUUGUGCAUGACAAGUAAUUUUUCCAACAAUUGUUUACAGACAGAUUAUUUCACUUAUAAUUCACUGUAUCACAAUUCCAGUGGGCUAGAAGUUUACAUACACUAAGUUGACUGUGCCUUUAAACAGUUUGGAAAAUUCCAGAAAAUUAUGUCAUGGCUUUAGAAGCUUCUGAUAGGCUAAUUGACAUCAUCUGAGUCAAUUGGAGGUGUACCUGUGGAUGUAUUUCAAAGCUUUCAAAUCCAGUGCCUCUUUGCUUGACAUCAUGGGAAAAUCAAAGGAAAUCAGCCAAGAAAAGAACAAAAUUGUAGACCUCCACAAGUCUGGUUCAUCCUUUGGAGCAAUUUCCAAACAUCUGAAGGUACCACGUUCAUCUGAACAAACAAUAGUAUGCAAGUAUAAACACCAUGGGACCACGCAGCCAUCAUUCCGCUCAGGAGGGAGACGCGUUCGGUCUCCUAGAGAUGAACCUGAAAGGCCGCUCAGCAAGGAAGAAGCCACUGCUCCAAAACCGCCAUAAAAAAGCCAGACAACGGUUUGCAACUGCACAUAGGGACAAAUAUCGUACUUUUUGGAGAAAUGUCCUCUGGUCUGAUGAAACAAAAUAGAACUGUUUGGCCAUAAUGACCAUCGUUAUGUUUGGAGGAAAAUGUGGUAGGCUUGCAUGCCGUAGAAUACCAUCCCAAACGUGAAGCACGGAGGUGGCAGCAUCAUGUUGGAGGGGUGCUUUGCUGCAGGAGGGACUGGUGCACUUCACAAAAUAGAUGGCAUCAUGAGGUAGGAAAAUUAUGUGGUUAUUUUGAAGCAACAUCUCAAGACAUCAGUCAGGAAGUUAAAGCUUGGUUGCAAAUGGGUCUUCCAAAUGGACAAUGACUCCAAGCAUACUUCCAAACUUGUGGCAAAAUGGCUUAAGGACAACAAAGUCAAGGUAUUGGAGUGGCCAUCACAAAGCCCUGACCUCAAUCCUAUAGAUAAUUUUUAGGCAGAACUGAAAGUGUGUGCGAGCAAAGAGGCCUACAAACGUGAUUCAGUUACACCAGCUCUGACAGGAGGAAUGGGACAAAAUUCACCCAACUUAUUAUGGGAAGCUUGCGGAAGGCUACCUGAAACGUUUGACCCAAGUUAAACAAUUUAAAGGCAAUGCUACCAAAUACUAAUUUGGUGUAUGUGAACGUCUGACCCACUGGGAAUUGAUGAAAGAAAUAAAAGCUGAAAUAAAUCACUCGUUACUAUUAUUCUGACAUUUCACAUUCUUAAAAUAAAGUGGUGAUCCUAACUGACCUAAAACAGGGAAUUUUUACUAGGAUUAAAUGUCAGGAAUUGUGAAAUAACUGAGUUUAAGUGUAUUGGGCUAAGGUGUAUGUAAACUUCUGACUUCAACUGUAUCUGUUGGUCACAGAUACCUUAAAAAAAGUAGGGGUGUUGAUCAGUCAGUAUCUGGUGUGACCACCAUUUGCCUCAUGCAGCGCGACAUCUCCUUUGUAGUUAAUCAGGCUGUUGAUUGUGGCCUGUGUAAUGUUGUCCCACUGCUCUUCAAUGGCUGUGCGACGUUGCUGGAUGUUGGUGGGAACUGGAACAAGCUGUAGUACAAGUCAAGCAAGAGUAUCCCUCAAUGUGGUCUGGUGAAUAUGCAGGCCAUGGAAGAACUGGGACAUUUUCAGCUUCCAGGAAUUGUGUCCAGAUCCUUGUGACAUGGGUCCAUGCAUUAUCAUGCUGAAACAUGAGGUGAUGGAGGCGGAUGAAUGGUACAACAAUGGGCCUCAGGAUCUUGUCACGGUAUCUCUGUGCAUUAACAUUUCCAUUGAUAAAAUGCAAUUGUAUUCUUUGUCCAUAGCUUAUGCCUACCCAUAUACUGCCUUACCUCCUUACUUCAUUUGCACACACUGUAUACAGAUUUUUCUAUUGUGUUAUUGACUGUACGUUUGUUUAUCCCAUGUGUAACUCUGUGUUGUUGUUUUGGUUGCACUGCUUUGCUUUAUCUUGGCCAGGUCACAGUUGUAAAUGAGAACUUGUUCUCAACUGGCCUACCUAGUUAAAUAAAGGUGAAAUGAAAAUAAAU